CUGCAUCCGACCUCAGUCAUAUGACAGAGGUUCCCGCUUUCUCUCAAAAAAAUGUAGGAUUUUAAUGGGAAGAUGCGAACCAUGAAGCUGAUCAUCCUGAAUGAUUAUGACCAAGUUGGUGAGUGGGCUGCCAAGUACAUCAGGAAUAAAAUCAUUAACUUCAACCCUGGACCAGACAGAUUCUUCAUUCUAGGACUCCCCACAGGAGGUACCCCUCUGGGAUGCUAUAAGAAGCUGAUUGAGUUUUAUAAGGAAGGAGAGAUCUCUUUCAAGUAUGUCAAAACGUUCAACAUGGAUGAGUAUGUGGGUAUUCCUAGGAAUCACCCAGAGAGCUACCAUUCCUUCAUGUGGAAUAAUCUCUUCAAGCACAUUGACAUAAAAUCGGAGAACACCCAUAUUCUGGAUGGUAACGCUGCCAACCUUGUUGAGGAGUGUGAUUCCUUUGAGGAGAAGAUCAAAGCUGCUGGAGGAAUCGACCUCUUUGUUGGAGGUAUUGGACCGGAUGGCCACAUUGCCUUCAACGAGCCAGGCUCCAGCCUGUUGUCCAGGACCAGAGUGAAGACCCUGGCUCAGGACACCAUCCUGGCCAACGCACGCUUCUUUGACAGAGAUCUGUCUAAAGUACCCACCAUGGCUCUGACUGUGGGAGUGGCCACUGUCAUGGACGCCAGAGAGGUCAUGAUUCUCAUCACGGGAACACACAAAGCGUUUGCCCUGUACAAGGCCAUAGAGGAAGGGGUGAACCACAUGUGGACAGUGUCAGCCUUUCAGCAGCACCCCCAGACUGUGUUUGUGUGUGACGAGGACGCUACCCUGGAACUGAGGGUUAAAACUGUCAAGUACUUCCAAGGGAUGAUGCAUGUGCACAACAAGUUGGUGGAUCCACAGCCUUCCAAGUAAGAUGAGGGAGUUGCAAAAAAUAUCUGGAAACCUGCAAUAACCAAGAGAACUGAUGCCGCACCCUCCUGGAUAUGACAGCGGCCAAAGGGUGGAAGAUCAACUGUGUGUGUUGUACUGUGGUUUACGUCAAGUUAUAUUUUAUGUAACAUAAUAGUAAGCCUACUUGUAGUAUGCUACAUUGAGUACAUUGAUUAUGUAAUACAUUUAUCUUAGAUAGAACAUAUGCCACUGUGAUGUGACAUCACUGACAAUUCAGGUUUCUUAGCUACAUUGUACGAUUUUAUACAAACUUGACUAUGAAUGUAUUUCAAUGAGAGUUAUUCUAAUAAAAUGACUGAGAAUGAA